AAUACAAGUCACUCGUUGAAGUCAUUCUAGAUAGAUUCAUCAUCAAUACAGAACAAUGGAUCCCACAGCACGCUUCGAAUCAUUCAGCCACUUCCUCCAACAACAACCCACACCACACAUACGACCAUCAUCCUCUCGCCGCCCCUCUUUCCAGCACGCCACCACGUCGAAGCCAUCCACUUCUUCGUUUGACCACGGGCAACGCGGUGGACAGCAGCAGCAGCAGAACGAGCAGCAGAGGCAGCAGCAGAGGAUGGCGGCCGACCAGGCAUACAGAGCUACGUUCGCCUCCCACGAACGAUCCGUCUUCCAAGACGAAGCGCGGACGAGGGCGCGCCGGCGCGACGCGGCUCGGAACCGGGCGCUGUUCCGCGGGCCCUUCUACAAGCGCCCCGAGUUCUACGCCGUCACCCUCGGCUUCCUCGGCCUGCUGUACCCGAUCCUGAACGAGUACGUCAUCGAGCCGUAGUGGGACAGCGUUAGGCAUGAGGAGGGGUGAUAUACUAUACCUACCUAGGUACAUACAUAGAUGGGUAGGUAGGUGUCUAUAUCAUUGUGCUGAG